UUGUCAGCCACCGAUAAUAUAGUGAUAUCGCAGGUCACCCACCUCGAUUUAUUUCAAUAUGAAUCCUAUUUACUGUAUCAUAACCAAGUGAAUCUACUUUCUAGGUUAUCUGCUAGGUAUUUUCACCAGUGAAUCAUCACACAUCAUGUCUCUACAAGAGCAAUUCGACAAAGCUGCAGAGGAUGUUAAGAAGCUGAAGACGUCUCCGGCUGACGCUGACCUUCUGGAGAUCUACGGGUGGUUCAAGCAGGCUACCGUUGGGGAUGCUGAUCCUGCCAACAAGCCUGGGUUUCUAGACUUCAAGGGAAAGGCCAAGUUCGAGGCGUGGUCAAAGAACAAAGGCAAGUCCAAGGAGGAGGCCCAAAAGGCCUACAUCGCGAAGGUCGAGAGCCUCAUCACCUCCAUUGGCCUCCAAUAAACAAAAGAAAGGAGGCGAGGCAACUAUGGCGUCGGUUUUGUGUGCUUUGACCUUUAUAUUAAUGGAAAAUUCUAGAACCUCGGUCUUAUA